UAUAAGAGCGCGGCACGCGGCGUUGUGUGUUUGUAUGGGAAAACACUGGGGUAAACAAAAGGGAUUUUGGAGCGUUAGGAUUCGAUAAAAACCGACCACAGCCAUGUGCAUUAUGGACACAUCACAUGUCCAGGCUGUCAUAACGCCAAAGCGUGCCUAGUUGCAUCGCAAUGGUCUUUACAUAGCCUAGCUGUGUCCGGUGCUGUGAGCCUGAAUGCUGCUGUCAAGUGUCCCCUCUGCCUCAGGCCACUGCUCCUCGCGCGUUUCUGCAACAAACACAAAGCCAAAAAGGUCCACCCUGACUCCACCUCGUCAGGAAUGCAGUAAAGCAAACUAAGGAUAGGCUUUUGACGGUUUAAACAACCGUCUUCUCCUUCAUACACGUUUGUACCGUUGUCACAAUAUUUCAAUUAGAUUCACGAGAGAACGGUCUUUUUUCCCCCCCAUCUGGUUAGUGUCACUUGGCACAAACGGACAUGGUGAGUUAUAGAAAAAGUUCAACCGCUAAAACAUCCAAGUUCACCGGCUCUCAACUGCAGCGCUUGAUGUAGAAUGCGGUGGUGUUCCAGCUCAAUGCUCCACCUGCUACGGUGCGUGCGGAUCAGGUCAUGCGCCAGGAGAGGAAAGAACACCUUGCCUCUGUGGAUUAGGGAAAUAUGGGCAUACAUCAGACUGCUGGUGCAGUCCUUGUACUUCAGCUCCCUUACAGACUCUGAUGUGGUUUUCGACUCUGUCUUUGAGCCGGUGUUUUGGACCGUGGACUACGUCACACGCUGGUUUGGCACGGUGUUUGUUUGUCUGGUGGUGAUACUGACCGGCUCCAUUUUGGUAAUAGCGUAUCUGAUCCUACUGCCUAUGAUCUUUCGUACAUACUCUCCUCCAUGGAUUGCUUGGCACGUUUGUUAUGGACACUGGAACAUGGUCAUGAUCAUUUUCCAUUACUACAAGGCGAUCACGACUUCCCCUGGGUCCCCCCCGACGGAAAAAAACAGCAGUCCGUUUGUGGCAGUUUGCAAAAAGUGCAUCAUUCCCAAACCAGCAAGAACACACCACUGUGGUAUCUGCAACAGGUGCAUCCUAAAGAUGGACCAUCACUGUCCCUGGCUGAAUAACUGCGUUGGCCAUUUUAACCACCGUUAUUUCUUCUCCUUCUGCGUUGCACUGGCCGUGGGCUGUGUGUACUGUAGCAUCAGUGGCAGAGACCUGUUCAUAGAGGCGUACAGUGCUAUUGAGCGCUUCAAGCAUCUGGAUGUGGAAAAGCCUGGGGUACCAGUCACAGGGAUGGGAGUUCUCAUAGGGCUUCUACCCCCUGGUCAGACCAACUACCAGACAUCUGCACCUCCGCAUACCUUUAAGGAAAAGCUGAUUCACAAGAGCAUCAUCUACAUGUGGGUGCUUACCAGCACUGUGGCAGUGGCCCUGGGAUCUCUGACCCUUUGGCAUGCAGUCCUCAUAUCCAGAGGGGAGACCAGCAUCGAGAGACACAUCAACAGCAAAGAAAGAAAUCGAGUUGUCAAACGAGGAGGGGUUUACAGAAACCCCUUUAACCAUGGCAGGCUGAAUAACUGGAAGAUCUUCUUGGGCGUGGAGAAGACAAGUCACUGGUUGACGCGUGUUCUGCUUCCCUCUGGACACGCCCCACUUGGAGAUGGUUUGCAAUGGGAUGUCUUCCCUGUUAAAAAGGACUUAAUACCUGUAUGACAGGCUCGACUCAGGCAUAGUUGUAGCCUAAUGUCAGCAGAUUUUGCUGUUUCCAACUCAACCUGGUCAUUUGAUCUGGUUGGCGGUUAGGAUUCCUCUAUGGUGGCUUCAGACAGCUGAAGAAAUGGGAACAUAUCAGCGUCCAUUACCUCUAAAAGUUGCUGUGACAUUGCUCAUGGUUUACAUCUAUAUUUCUCAUCAGUGCAAGAGGCAAUGUGUCAUGGAUGGUUUGUUCUUUAAUGGGUUUUGCAAACCGGUUUUACUUGACUUUGAGCUGUGUAAAACUGCGGGACCAGGAUAAUGUGUUAUUUAUCUGUAUUUUUUUUACCUGUUAAGUUAAUAAAUCUUUAUAAAUAGCUUUG